AUGAACAUCACCCUACCAGAGGAGCCUCACGAAAGCAAUGCUCCAGUAGAGACGCCGGCGUCUGUAGGCAGUACGACCUAUCACGGUCCGACAAGCACACUUUUCAAUGAGGCAGCAUCGUCCAAUCGACAAUCCCGGUCAUACUUGACGAAGGAGCGAGAGACAUGGAUGCCCAGAAUUCUGGUGGCCGCAGCAGCAGAGCAGCGCCAGCUUGAGAGCAUCAACCUUCGCGCCGGUAAACUGGACUUCGAUGGUGUAGAUCCUGAACUCGGUAUGCAUCUGCUCAAUCUUCACUGGAACCGACAACAUCACUCUUUUCUUAUCACUUACCGGCCAGCCUUUAUGCGAGACAUGGCCUGCGCUGGACCCUACUUUUCGAAGAUCCUCUUGAAUGCAAUAUUCUACGGAGCUUCGAAAUUCAGCCCCAAGUUGGAGUUACGCAAAGAUCCUAACGAUGUUCGAACGGCUGGCUGGCAGUUUCGUAAUCGUGUGCGUGAUCUUCUGGGCCAAGCACUUGAUCAUAGCGAGAUUACUACGAUCCAGGCAUUGUUGCAGAUGAGUAACUCGCUGUUCGCCCUCGGUGAUGAACAGAGUGCUGCCUGGGUGUACGCUGGUACGGCAUUCCGAAUGCUGGUAGAUGUUGGCCUCCAUGUUGACGCAGCAAUGAUGCCAAACAUGCAACGAUUCUCAGAAGAGGAUCUCGAAAUUCGUCGACGCGUUUACUGGUCGGCUUAUGUCGUCGAUAAGAUGCAAUCUCUAUAUCAGGGCCGCCCGGCAAGUCUCAGAGCUAUCGAUGGCCAAGUUCCCAUCACAUUCAUGGAUACGUACGAGGAGCUGGAGCAAUGGCACCCUUUCGCGUACGCUAGUGGACCAAGUUAUCCGGGCUCGCCGAGUUACAGUGUUUCGACAUUCAAGCAACUAUGCAAACUAUGCAUGAUAUUGCAACAGAUUCUUGACAGGACGUAUUGUGAGAGGGCACAAAAUAGAAGCACUCAAGACCUGGUGCAAGACCUGGAACACAUCGAGAAACAGCUGCAAGAUUGGAUGGCCGAGCUUCCUGAGCAUCUCAGGAUUGACACGAACAGUGAGAGCGGCAUCCAGCAAUUUCCGCCACCACACGUUUUCUCUCUACAGGCCAUGUGGAAUGUACUUCGAGUCCUGUUGCAUCGUCCACUCGUAGCUGACGGUCAUUUGCACAUGACUCUACCGUCAACUUCCAAGUCAUCAUUUGCAACAUGUACAGAAGCGGCAAUCAACAUAGUAAGGCUUGUACGGCUUUACGACAAAGCUUUCUCGAUAAGACGAGCUCCGUACCUCAUCUCAUACGCUACAUAUGUCGCUGCUACGAUACAUGUCCGCAUCGCAGCUACACGAACGUCUACUUCCGAAGCUCAUGAGCAUCUGCGUACAUGUCUUGCUGUCUUCAACCAAAACUCUGCCACAAAUUAUGCUGUGAAGAAAGCAUCAAUCGUCAUUGAGAAUCUGCGGAAGCGGAUGGGAAUCACAUUCGAUGGUCCAGAGUCGACUUCGACAGCCACCAGUGCGACAAGAGAUACAGUGACUGACCAUCCCUCGACUGGAACAACGCCGAGGUCACAGUCCAAGGUGUACAUGUCCGACAACAUGUCCGGCAUGGCGCGAUCGCACCUGCCAAAUGAUACAAUGACAAAUAAUGAGCCAACAAUGGUUGCAGGCCAGUUUGACCCCGAUCUCGAUGUGGACACAAUCAUUCACAGCUUCAUGCACGAACAGCAGCUGUACAAUCAACCAGCGAGCUUCACGAUGCCUCCUGGUUCGACAAAUUCUAAUAUCUAUGGUAAUAACGGUACCAUACCAACAACAAACCAAGGGCAAACGUUCCAGCCGGGGCUCGAGUCUUAUGAUGACGCUUUGUUCGGUUUCAAUGCUUCGGCUUUCGAUUGGUUCUACCCCAAUAAUAUGGCACCCUUUGCGUAUCCUCAAAACUAG